CAAACUUCCAUCAAUAAAGAAAGGUUAUCCUCUACUUGGAACAACGUUCGAACCAAACCGUUGACAUGAAGUUUGGGUUGCUGGUGGUAUUGGCGGUGGCCGUUCUGGUGCCCAGCCUGUCCGAGGGCCGGAACGUCUCCAGAUGCGAGCUGAGAGAAAAGCUCGGGCAGGCGAUCACGCUGCCCCCACGUCUUCAAAAGUUCAAGCAACAAUACCUGGCAACAGUUAUCUGUGAGGUGAACAGCCGGUCCCGUCUCAACACCGGCCUGGUCAAGGUGUUCGGCAAACACACAACCACAACCACAGCCACGCCAACAACUACGGUCACAACACGACCGACUACCACCCAAACAACUACCACCCAACCAACAACCACCCAGAUGACUACCACCCAAACAACUACCACCCAACCAACAACCACUCAGAUGACUACCACCCAAACAACUACCACCCAACCAACAACCACCCAGAUGACUACCACCCAAACAACUACCAGCCAACCAACAACCACUCAGAUGACUACCACCCAAACAACUACCACCCAACCAACAACCACCCAGAUGACUACCACCCAAACAACUACCACCCAACCAACAACCACCCAGAUGACUACCACCCAAACAACUACCACCCAAAGAACUACCAAGCCAACAACUAUGGUCAAAACACAACGGACUACCACCCAAAGAACUACCAAGCCAAAAACUCCGGUCAAAACACAACGGACUACCACCCAAAGAAAUACCAAGCCAAAAACUCCGGUCAAAACACAACGGACUACCACCCAAAGAAGUACCAAGCCAACAACUAUGGUCAAAACACAACGGACUACCACCCAAAGAACUACCAAGCCAACAACUCCAGUCAAAACACGAUGGACUACCACCCAAACAACUACCACUGCUCCAACUACCACCAGACCAAUCCCAACAGGUGCCACAAAAUCAACCCUAGGCACAAAUGGAACCAGAGCUGGCAACAACAGAAGAAAGCGUGACGCAAGCAGCGAGGAACUGCUGAAUGAAGAUGAUGCUGAGGAAGGUGGGAAACGUAAGAAACGAUCCAGCAAGGAACAAUCCAGUGAGGAGACCAAGCAGUCGUCUCUCGGCCUUUACGGGAUCUUCCAGCUGUCUGAUGAGACCUUCUGUAAUUCUGGUUAUCACUCCUCCAAAAACAAGUGUAACACAACCUGCGAUGCCUUCACUGAUGACAACAUUAUGGACGACAUUGAUUGCUUAGUGAAGACUGAUCAGUGGAGGUUGUUUUUAAAUUCUGCCUCUCGCGAGUGCCAAUAUGUCAACAACAACUUUUUCGACAAAUGUUAAAAAGAAGCUGACAUGUUUUCCACCUGCUGCUGAAGCUCACACCAACAAUCAUUUCUUCUACCUUCAAUGUGACCUUUGAUCCUCAUGGUUUCAUCUCAAACAUUGUGGAGCAUUUUAUAAUUUCUUCAUUUUAAUUAACCAAUGAGAUUAUUUUGUUUCAGUUCCUUUGUGGGUGAAUUUGCCCCCAACUUCAAGUUGAACUGACAAAUGUAUUUUAGUCAUUUGAAUAGCUUUGAUGAUAUUGUUUUACCACUUUAAUCUACUUUAAAGUGAUUAUUUCAAGAUGAGAAAGACAAAAAAUAAAAAUAUUUUUUGCAUCUUCUGCUA